UGCAAACAGCGCUGCCAACUGGCUUGAUAAACUCCUGUCAGGCGAGGCCUGUGGCAUUGUCAGAAUUUCACUCCACAUUUGGCUGACGAGUGCCGUUGGUGUGAUUGCAGAUUUCGAAUUGCAUUGCAAACAGAACUUUUCACGUCAGUCAAUUGGAAUUGAAAGCAUUGAAAGAAUUGAAUUUGCCCGCACAGUCAAGCCGGAAUUUCAAUAUGCUGUUCAAGAAGGUAAUCAUGCGCUCGACCGUGCUCUCCUGGGUCAUCUUCGUGCUGUGCUUCAUGGAGCAUAAGCUGCAGAUGAACGGAACGUCCUUGCCGAUCGCCAUAUUGGGCGUCUUGGCAAGCGUGACGGUGCUCCAUCUGCUGGUGCAGCAUUAUGGGCUGCUGCCCGAGAUCCGCUGGCGAGAUAUGUGGCAGCUGAUGUCGUUCAAGGUGAUGCUGUGGAUUCUCGUACAGCUGCUGGGCACGGUCGCGCUCUCGGUCCUCUGGACCCAUCUGCUGGAUGAUGCCGACAUUGGCAGCUGCCUAGAUGUUUUCAAAAGCCGCCUGAUGCUCGGCUGGACGCUGGCUGGCUAUGUGAUCUACGUGAGGAGCUGCCAAUUGGCGGCGGCCAUUGUGGCGCCCGAAAACGAAAUGGACUUUCUGGCCGCCUGCUUCCAGUUCCUGAAAAUUUAAACAACAGCCACAGCUGGAGCAACAAUGGCAAUGCCACAGGCAGCUGGAGUCGACCUCUGAUGGCCUGAGCAUCACCUUGGCCUUGGCCUGGGUCUCUACAGGGGGUGUGCUUGUCUAUGCAUGCAUGCAUGCAUGUAUGCAUGUAUGCAUGUGUGUGUGCGUGUUGCCAUUAAAGCGAGUAAAUUGCAUUUGGAAACAUAAAUCGCAUCUAAAUUCAAUUAGCUGCAUUAGCUGCCAGGACUCUGUCAGCUUUCAGCUGGACUGGACACUGUGUGGAAGUGGGCGGGGAUGGGGGCUCGUUGUUGGCGGGGGCGUGGCCAGUCGAUGCACUUGCCACAUUUGUAAGCUCAUUUGCCGCACAAUCUCAUUAACUGAGGCCAAGCGUGGCACAGCAGCAGCAGCAGCAGAGCAGCAGCAGAGCAGAGCAGCAGCAGAGCAGAGCAGCAGCAGAGCAGAGCAGCAGCAGAGCAGAGCAGAGGGAGCGCGCCCUCCAUCAUAUCGUUAAUUAGGAAGCUUUUGUAAUUGAAUACUCGGAACUGAACUCAACUGAGCAUAAAUCUAAUAAGCCGUCUAUUAACUAUCAGCAGCCAUCGAGCGAGCCAGCCGAGUGAACGAUUUAAGAUUUAAUGUGGGCAGGAAUUAAAUUUGAAUAUCGAAAGGAGGCUGAACUAGCCACAGAUCGAGCCGAAAGCUAACAUGAAAAUAUUUGUGAAAAUACUAGAAAAUACUAUAAAAUUGAAGCUGCCUUUACUUGCAUGGCCCAAUUGACUUUUGGCUGCUUAACAAAUUGCAUUCAUUAAUCAGACCGAAUCGAGUAUCGAAACUGUGUCAAAUGCGCAUUAGUAAGGCAAUAGAUGAUGGCUUGGCCCGACCUGGCCAUGCAUUGAUUCAAUGAAUAACUCAUGUAUUCAACAUAUAUGCAUACAUAUAUACAUUUUGUAUUAUAUACAAUGCAAAUGGUGAAUAAAUAUUUGAUAGAUGCGUGCGGGGGGUGGAGUCGGAGGCAAAUUGUUUACAAAAUGGCCCCAAAAAUCAAUGCGUGUUCAAUGCAAAUGAGCGCAGAGGCAACAACAACAACAACAACAA